AUGGCUGAAAAGGAACCGGUUGCUAAGCCACCUGCCGUCGAUCCCAAACCUGUCAAUAAGCCACCUGCCGUCGAUCCCAAACCUGCUGGAAAGGAACCUGUCAAAAAGCGACCUGUUGAAACUCGGACCGAGCUAUCUGAUGAUGAUGACGAUGAAGCUUAUCGUCUUCCUCCACCAUUAAAGAGGCAGGGCUUAGACGACACUCGCCAUUACAGUGACCACUCGGGUGACACUUCAGAUGAAAGUAUCACUCAAACUGCGACUCCGGCGACUCCGAAACCUCGUGCUUACAACAAGAAGCCGGCUCCUCGAGUUAGACCAAACACCAAGGCCAAGCUUGCAAGUUCUUUGGACAAUUCAGCUGAAUUGCUCAAGAAUCAAGCGGCUGAAGCCCUCGAUCGCGAUAGGGUACGAUCAAAGGCUAUCGCUGAUCACGAUGCUGCCAAGGAGUCGAUGUUGAUCACUGCUGCUCGAUUGGAUCGAGAAUCUCAAUCCUAUCGAUUCACCACCAUCCCUUCUCAAGCGGAAGCGAUGGAGAUCUUCAACAAGGGCUGGAAGGACCACUUUUACAAUAAUCCCAAAGCUGCCACUGAAGCUAUCCUUCUUUUCGAGCACGAGGACAAAUGUCGAACAUUCAUCAAUUCCGAUGUCAAGUUGAGAUGGAGCUGGCUCGCCCUGAGCCUUGGGUAUGAUGUUGUCAAUGAAAAAGAAAAGGGAAAGGGAAAAGAGAAGAGAAAAGAAAAGGGAAAUGAAGACGAACAAGAGGAUGAAAAUGAUCAAGAGAAUGAAAAUGAAAAUGAUCAAGAGAAUGAAAAUGAUCAAGAGAAUGAAGGAAAUGAAUGA